AUGUUGUAUCACGAUGCAGAUCCUAAUUAUGUAGACGUGUUGAGCUACAUGAAUGAGCUGUUCACUGCGUUGUUCCUAUUAGAGUGUAUCCUCAAACUGAUCGCUUUAGGAUGCAAGAAUUUUUUCAAAGACUCGUGGAAUACAUUUGACUUCAUAACAGUCGUCGGCAGUGUUAUCGAUGCCCUCGUUAUGGAAAUUACAGAAUUUAAUUUUAUAAGUGUUGGAUUUUUACGCUUGUUUCGAGCGGCCCGACUCAUCAAACUCUUAAGACAGGGGUAUACUAUUCGUAUACUUCUCUGGACUUUUAUCCAAUCAUUUAAAGCGCUGCCUUACGUAUGUUUGCUGAUCGCUAUGUUAUUCUUUAUUUAUGCCAUUAUCGGAAUGCAGGUAUUUGGGAAUAUGGACUUUGAGGCCGAGGCCGAGAUCAAUCGACACACCAAUUUCCGUACUUUCUCUGAAUCAUUAAUAUUGUUAUUCCGGUGUGCGACAGGCGAGGCGUGGCAGUCCAUUAUGUUGUCCUGUGUUUCUGGAAAGCCAUGCGAUUCCAAGACUAAUAAGGGUGAAGACGAGAUGAAUUCUUGCGGUUCAGAUCUCGCCUAUUCAUACUUUGUUACCUUCAUCUUCUUUUGCUCAUUUCUCAUGCUGAAUUUAUUCGUUGCCGUCAUUAUGGAUAACUUUGAUUACUUAACGCGUGAUUCUUCAAUUCUGGGCGCACAUCACUUGGACGAGUAUAUCAGGGUUUGGGCUGAAUAUGAUCCAAAUGCUACUGGAUUUAUACACUAUUCAGAAAUGUAUGAUAUGCUCCGAAAUAUGGACCCACCGCUAGGGUUUGGUAAUAAAUGUCCCUAUAGGCUCGCAUAUAAGAAACUGAUUCGCAUGAAUAUGCCCAUCACUGAAGAGGGAAAAGUGAAUUUUACGACAACACUAUUCGCGUUGAUUAGGGAAAACUUGAGCAUUAAGAUGAGACCGGCCGAGGAGAUGGAUCAGGCGGACAGAGAACUUAGACAUACUCUCAAUAAGCUUUGGCCACUCCAGGCCAAGAAGAUCAUUGAUAAGCUAAUCCCCACUCACGAGGAGUUACGUAACGGACGACUGACUGUCGGCAAAAUAUAUGCCGGCUUUUUAGUGCUCGAGAACUGGAAGACCACCCGAUUUGGACAAAUACAAGGCGUCGGCUUAUCUUAUUGUUGUAGUUAUGAAAUGACUGUUAAACUGAUAUUCAUUCGCGCUUUUGUGUUGACUAAACGUCUCGUAAUGUUGUCUUUGUAUUCGAUGUCUAUUUUACAGGAAAGGCAAUCCAUUCUUCCUUCAGAAGCGGUACAACCGUCACUAUUGGCCCGACUUAUGGGCGCCGUUAGAAACCCUAACAAACCGGCAGAUGAGCAAAAUUUUGCUGAUAUGAAGGCAGUGUUGACUUCAAACGCUCGCAAAGAAUCGCUUAAAGACUCCAUACAAAGUGAUUCCGAUCGUGAGAGACAACGACGAGAACCAAAAGGGUUUAUGAGACGAGGAAGUAGUCGUAAAACACGAAGAAGACGCACAUCUAUUAUGACCAGUGCUUAUGGCACUGGCAAUGAGCCCCGAACCGGCUCUCAGAUAAUUUUUGACUUUGAAUUAGUGGCUCUUAGAAGACCAGACGCUAAGACUAGAGCUGAUACCUGUGUUAAGCAUAUUAAUAGAGGCUCUGAUGUGAGUGUUUCCAAACACAUCGUAAACAUCAUUGAGAUUAGAGACAAACCCUUCUAUGCAUUCGGCAUAUAUCCGUUUAGUAUUAAGAAUGAUCAGCCUGUGGUGACAGCAUUGGCGCAACUGUCCACUCACUUACAUCCCGAUCCCCAUCACGGAAGGGGCGGAUCAUUCAGAAGACGAUCGCGUUCUCGGAGUAGAUCGCCAUCUAUUUCUAUGCGAAGGGAUAGUAAUAUAGGGCCGACCGGAACCGCAGUUAGCGGCGAAACACACGCCAGACAUCGAUCGCCUACACCUAUAGGCAGGUCUUCGUCGCCACCAAAACCAGAUCACGGUUUUGCUGAAACGGUGACAGAUAUUGUCGAUUACGUUAAAUAUGAGACCUCGAGGAAAGGUAGAGCGCGGGCCAAAGUAAGAGGCGAUUGGGAGACAACUGGUUUAGGUCGGAGUCCGUCGCAAAAGGGGAGUCGACGUAAACAUCACAGGCCGUGGACGGGCGGACCCAUACAACAGGAACGCAGUCGUAGCGCUUCUCCCGAUUACCGCAACGCCUGUUUGGCCGCCCGAUCGCGCAGUCCUUCCCCUUAUCCGCCCCCUAAUGGCCAGACCUCUGAAUAUUACGGAACAACACAACUGGAACAGAGGUCGAGGAGUCCGAGUCCUUCGUCGGCGCACUCAUUACCUGUGCAGAAGAGGUCAACCCUUGGAGUGGGUCCGAGUGGUGGCGCCGGCAGAACAGUUUCACACUCGCCUACAAUACCAAACCGAUCGCCCGGUGCUAUCAAUUUCCCCAAAUUGAACGCCUCUCCCACUCACCUAACAAAACAACAGUCCUCUCAGCAUAACUGGACGGUCGCCGCCGGCAACGGAUUGUCGACAUUGUUGGCGCCGUUACGGGCGAUAGGCCGGGCCAACAGUAGCUCCUGUUUGGCAAAUGUUGUCGGCUUUGGUAGACGAGGUGCCGGUGUCCGAGAACUGCCUCAACCGCCAGUUAUGGUACCACAACCUCACAUGCCGUUCAGCCAAAGCAUGGGAGGCGUGUCAGGAGUGGCGCCGCCGUCGUCUCUGCACACGUGGAAAGAGGAGGCGCCGCACACUUUCCAAGCGGCCAACGCUCCCGCACUCGCACUCAUCACUGCUAACACAAGUGCUCGCGUACUGCCACUUAUGACCAAUGGUUUCAAGCACUUCAGACCCCCAUCUAAACACACGGAUCGCCCGUUACUGCCCAACGCGGGCGCUGUUAGGGCCCGAAGCGCUGGCGGCCAUCAUCGACCAACUCUGGCCCCAUUGGCACAGAGGCCUAACUCGAGUAUGACUGUCGACACCUUAGCCGACACACAACGUCUCGAGACCGAUGAAGAGGACGACGACACUGAUUGGUGUUAACGAUCACUAUAUUUAG